UCCGCAGGCAGGGCGAGGUCGGGAGCUCGGAGGAAGGGUUUCCCUGUCCAGCUCCUAGGCCCUUGCUUCCGGUUCCAGUUCCUCCUGACCCAUUCUUGGGGGAGCGCCAGUGUUCUAGAAAGGGGAGGGAGAGCCAGGUUCUAGAAUGGCCUUUCCUGGAGAUCACAUCUGUCACCUGAGAAGGGCAUCUUGUGCAUCAGCUGGGAAUAAGCGGCCUCACCUUUGGCUGUUUUCCCUGCAGAUUGUUGCUUCUUUUCUUGGCGGCGCAGUCCUUUCCUCAUAAAGAUGCCGCUCCCGGCCGUGAUUUCUAGAAGUUCCAUGGGCCUUUAGUGUCCUGGUUUCCCCUUGGCCCUUCUGGCCCUUCCCUGCCUCUGGCAUGAACCUGGCCCGUGCCGCUGUGCUCCUGUGGGCGUGGGGGAGUCUGCAGGCCUUUGAAAUCGUGGAGAAGGAGGACAUUUUCCAGAGGACCCCCUGCCCCGCUUUCCUGAUGUUCGACAACGCGGCCUACCUGGCCGACAUGAGCUUCGAGCUGCCCUGCCACUGUAAGCCUGAGGAGGUCCCGGCCGUGGUCUGGUACUACCAGAAGCACCUGGGCAGCAGCCACACCACCGUCCUGACGGACUUCGACGGGCGCGUGCUGACCGAGGCCGCCCACGUGCGGGCGGGCAGUGCCCUGCUGGCCCGCUUCAGCAUCCGCAUGUUCAGCCUGUUGGUUUUCCGGGCCCAGCCUGAGGACUCGGGCUUGUACUUCUGCGGCACGCGCAAGGGGGACUACUUCUACGCCUACGACGUGGACGUCCAGAGCAGUGAGGGAAUGGUGGCCACCUUCAGGGACCUGGGCCAGGAACCCUUUGCCGACGAGUACCGCGGGAGCCUCCAUGUCUUCACCACCUUCUGGGAGUGGACCCCCUGUGACCGCUGCGGGGUGCGUGGGGAGCAGUGGCGCAUUGGGCUCUGCUACCUGCAGAGCCCGGACCUCUCCCCACGCUUCCGCAAGACUCUGCCAGACGUGGUGUCCUGCGGCUCACGGGCCGUGCCAAGGAAGCUUAGGGCCCAGGCCCAGGCCCACACGCCCGAGCUGCUGGUUCAGAGCUGCACGGUGCCCUGCCAGAAUGCGACGACGGCCCACAGGGGCAUGAUGGCCAUUUUCAACUACCUGUCCAAAGCGGGCAGCCGGCCCUGGGUGCCCCAGGUGCCCAUUCAGUACCACCAGCAGAGGCUGGGCCACGGACUCAUCGUGUCCUGUCCGGGCGCCCGGCCAGAGCACGCUGUGGCCUGGGACAAGGACCGCCAGGGCUUGUAUCGCACGCAGUACCUGAAGGGCGUCAACAGGUCCAUGAGGGUGUUCAUCGACCACGGCAACCACCUGCACAUCCGCUUCACCCAGCUGGACGACAGGGGCACCUACUACUGCUGGCGGCAAGGCGUGCGGGUCGCUGGGUUCCGACUGGGCGUGACCUCGCGGGGGCACUACAAGGUCUCGUUCUCAGACCCCGAGGUCCGCUCCGCCGUGGAGCUCACCUUAAUAGGGUACCUGCUCAUCACGGCGGUCUUCGUCACCAUUCACCUUUGUCGUGGCUGCUGCUACUUGUUUCGCUGCUGGCCCAGCUUCUCUCCCUAGGCGCUCUCCCCGCCCCCCAUCCCUGAAGACCCGUGUGCUCAAGUGUGUGUGUCUUCAAUGAUCCCAGAUGAUGCCUCUGGGUCGGCACCCUGGGCUGGGACGGGGGGCAAGG